GCUCAGUUGGGUGCAUGCAUAUUGUUAUAUAUUCCCUUUACAUGAGGGGCGAUACCCAUCGAUCCAGCUCCCAGAAUAGUUAGCAGUACUGAACAAGUCAGCAGGCUUGGCUUUUUCAGUUGGGUUUUGAUGUUAUGUUAGGUAGAUUUUCUCGCAGAAUCUUCCUCAUUCCUCUCUCCAUCUCCCCGAUAAUUUUAUCUUUCCCGGCUGGACACAACCGAACGUACGUUAUGCCAAACAGUUGGGUAUGUACCGGUCAGGAUUUCUGAUAUUCUUUAAAACAUCCAUGCCAUGAUCUCUUUCUGAUCAAUAUCUCUUCCAUCGCUUCCUAUCGGCCUUCUUCUUCCUCAUCAUUUUUUUUUUUUUUUUUUAUCUCUUUUGAUCUGAUCUCACGACCAAAGUGCUGCAGCUAGCUAGCUAACCAGGAAUCCCACUCAUAGAUCAUCAUUGCCAGUACCUUCUCUCCAGAUCAAUCAUGUCUUAGUCUAUUUGUUUGAUCUUGAUCUAGCUAGCUAGCCUUUGAUCUUGACUAAGAGUAAUGUUACAUAUUCCUGAUCCGGAUCGAUAUAAAGAUUGCGUAUAUGCUUUUGCAGAAAGCAAUUAGAUGGCAAUUGAAGUUGAGAUAAUCUCCAAGGAGAAAAUAAAGCCAUCAUCUCCAACACCAGAUCACAGAAGAAACUUCAAGCUCUCAUUCUUAGACCAAUUUGCACCGCCCUUUUAUACAUCGACUAUUUUUUUCUACCAUUUUAACUAUCCAGGCCAGAAGUACUUCAAUCCGUUAGAAAGAUCUUCUUGGCUCAAAAGGUCUCUAGCUGAAACCUUAACUCGCUUUUAUCCCUUGGCUGGAGAACUUAUCGAUGAAGAUGCCUACGUUGAUUGUAACGAUGAGGGCGUCAACUAUAUUCAAGCAAGAGUCGCAUGCAAGCUAUCUCAAGUGGUAGAUAAAACUGAUGGUAAGGCAUUGCUCCCAUUGCUCCCAUUUGAUCCCUACAAGGAUUGCACAGGGCCCGGAGAGACAGUUCUCCUAGCAAUCCAAUACAGUAUCUUUGAAUGCGGUGGAGUUGCAAUCGGCGUGAUCGAUUCACACAAGAUCGCCGACGGAACAUCGCUUGCUGCACUGAUUAAUGCAUGGGCCAGCACGUCCCGAGGAGCUAAUCAUGAAGUUACAAAUCCCAGUUUUGAUGCAGCCAUCCAUUUUCCUCAGACAGUUUUGCCGGGGUGGUUCAGGAGGGUGCCACCAAUGGAACAAGAAAGGUUAUCGUCCAAAAAAUUUGUAUUCAACAAAUCCAGCAUUGAUGCUCUAAGAAAAGAAGCCUCCGUUGCGUUUGGUACAGACGAAAGGGGUCCGUCACGGGUGGAGGCUGUUUCAGCAUUCAUAUGGUGGCGUUUAAUGACGAUAGCUCGGUCCAAACCAGGAGGCAAAGCAAAGCAAUAUGGAGUACGUCACGCCGUGAACUUGCGCCCAAGGAUGGUUCCAAGACUUUCGGAGCACUCCUUUGGGAAUGUUUGGAAUAUUGCGAUCACAGCAGUACCGCCGACGGAGGUUGAGAAAGAUUACCCUUCUUUGACGAGACAGAUCAGGAAUUCUAUCAGCCAAGUCAACGCGGAAUUCGUGAAGCAUCUACAAGACGCAAAUGCAUUCUUGGAGACCACGAGAAUGGAAUUGAUGGAGAUGUUCAAGUUUGAGACAGAAUUCUUCAACUUCACCAGUUGGUGCAGCUUUCCGGUCUACGAUAUAGAUUUUGGGUGGGGGAAGCCGACUUGGGUGGCUUGUCCGAUCAGGCCCUUUAAGAAUGUGAUUCUGAUGAUGAGUAGCAGAGAUGGUGAAGGAAUUGAAAUGUGGGUAAACCUUGAGGAGGAACAGAUGGCCAUGUUUGAACGUGACCAGAAGUUGCUCCAAUUUGUUGUGUCAUCAGGAGCUACAGAUCAUCGUCGAAAUAUCUUCUCUUGUCUGAAAAGCUAUAUUUCUAACUCCGGGUGGAAGAAUUUUGUUAAUGUCUCAAAAUGUUGACGAUAAGCAUGACCUGCCUUCUCUCAACGUAGUGAAAAAGGAAUAGAUCAUAGAGAUAAAGCUAGCCUAAAGCUUGCAAGUCUUGAACAAAUCAUUUUAUAAAAAAGUAUGUCUAAA